CGUUUUCUCCCUUAACCACGUGAAGAAAUUCGACUACCUGACUGAGCUGAGAAGCAUUACUUCCUCCAAGCCAACUUGCAUAUAAACUCAUAUGUAAAGUUAACUAAAGUCUCUUUAAUUUAAGGAUUGAUUUCAGGAUGGCGCUAUCCAUGUUUAAGCCGUGUCUUCUUUUGAUUUUCAUUAUUGCGUUGAGCGAUGCUUGGUUAAAUUUCAAGGGGCCAGAUUGCGAUGAGAUGGACGACUGUGAUUCAUGUACAAAAACAAAAAGUUGGUCAGGUAAAUCGUGUCGCUGGUGUCCUACAGACAAAAAAUGCCAUGCACACGGAGCGGUUUUUACCAAUCCUUGUUCAAGAACACAAAACAUCGACAUUCCAAGUGGUUGCGCUUCAAUUGUUAAUGUAAAUUACGAUAAAUCUCUUGCCUAUAAAAUGGUUUAUCUUUGUUCUUUGGCUUAUGCGGACAGUGUCUCCAAAUAUAUACCAAAAGCAACUCAGGUGAAAAGCUUUCACCUUGUGAAACAGGUGACAAAACCAUGUGAAGGAAAUGCUAAAUGUUCGGGAUUUGUAGCGGUGUCAGAUACUGAGCAAGCGAUAGCUGUGGCCUUUCGAGGAUCAGAACAUUUUCAGCAAGUUAUCACACAAGCGCUGAAAAUUAUCACAACUCCUAAGAUAUCAUUUCCAGCUGGAGGAAAAGUCCAGAAGUAUUUUAACGACGUGUAUAAUUUGAUAUGGUCUCAACUGAAAAGUGAUGUUUAUGCUCAAAUAACAAAAUAUCCUAACUAUAAGGUAUGGGUGACUGGUCAUAGCUUGGGUGGAGCAAUGGCGUCUUUAGCAAGUACUGCUUUAAUUUCUGAAGGCCAUACGUCUAAAAGUAAUCUUUACAUGUACACAUUCGGUCAGCCACGUGUUGGAAACUACGAUUAUGCAUUAGCACAUGAUAAGUUCGUUCCAAUCAGUUUUCGUGUGACACAUUAUCGUGAUCCAGUGGUUCAUCUACCUACAUGUAAAAAGAUUUUGGGAGUCUGUAACGCGUUCACAGGAGGACCAUAUCAUCAUGGCAGAGAUUUACUAUGGAAGUGAGAAGAUGACUCAAACCUCGUCUUAUAAGACAUGUACUGGGUUGCCUAACAAUGAAGAUGUUACAUGCAGUAACAAUCCUGCGGUUUGGGGAAAAUGCAUUCUCCAAUUGCCUAAAUGCAUUGAUGAUCACAAGAAAUACUUUGAUAUCACCGUCGGUGAUUGGUGGUUAUCUUAGUUCAAAAACCUUUUUCCAACAUUAAAUAACAAGAAGAAAUAGCGAAGGAGCUCGUAGUUUUAAAUCUAGAAUGUAAGGAUUUUCAAUAAAACAAAUAAAUGCACAUUUUUGUUCA